CUCUUCCGGUCCGGCGCGGGAAGGCGCCGGAAGUGGCUCCAUAGCGGCCGCGGCCGGGGGAGUUCGGUGGCGCCAUGGCGGAGGAAGUCCAAAAGCAUUCUGUGCACACACUUGUGUUCAGAUCUUUGAAGAGAACCCAUGACAUGUUUGUAGCUGACAAUGCCAAGCCUAUCCCAUUGGAUGAAGAAAGCCACAAGGUGAAGAUGGCGGUGAAGCUGCGCACAGAGUACGGCUCAGUGCUGCACAUGCCCUCGCUCAAGGAGAACCUGAGGGAGAAGGGAGGCUCCAACACCGGGGAUCCCUAUGGACACAAACAGUACUCUGGAAACCAAGGGCAAGAAGUUGAGUAUAUGGUAACUGGUACUCACCCAUACCCAUCUGGGCCUGGUGUGGCUUUGACAGCAGAUACUAAGGUCCAGAGGAUGCCAAGUGAAUCUGCAGCACAGUCCUUAGCUGUAGCACUUCCUGCUUCCCAGUCCAGGCUGGAUGCAAACCGGACAGCUGCUGGUGUGGGUGACAUUUACAGGCAUGCUGGAAUGUCUGAGCGUUCCCAGCCUCCUGGGAUGGCUGUGGCUAUGGUGGAAGCUGGUGGAAACAAAAAUUCUGCAUUAAUGCCAAAGAAGGCUCCAACCAUGCCCAAACCUCAGUGGCAUCCACCUUGGAAACUCUACAGAGUUAUCAGUGGUCAUCUGGGCUGGGUGAGAUGCAUUGCAGUGGAACCAGGAAAUCAGUGGUUUGUUACUGGCUCUGCUGACAGAACCAUAAAGAUUUGGGACCUUGCUAGUGGCAAAUUGAAAUUGUCUUUGACGGGACACAUCAGUACCGUACGCGGGGUGAUAGUAAGUGCAAGAAGUCCAUACCUCUUUUCUUGUGGAGAAGACAAACAAGUGAAGUGCUGGGAUCUUGAGUACAAUAAGGUUAUCAGACAUUACCACGGUCAUCUAAGUGCUGUUUAUGGCUUAGACUUGCAUCCAACAAUAGAUGUGCUGGUGACAUGCAGCAGGGAUUCAACAGCACGAAUUUGGGAUGUAAGGACAAAAGCCAGUGUGCACACACUGUCAGGACACACAAAUGCAGUAGCAACUGUGAAGUGCCAAGCUGCAGAACCACAAAUUAUUACAGGCAGUCAUGAUACUACCAUACGGCUCUGGGACUUGGUGGCAGGAAAAACUCGUGUUACUUUAACAAAUCACAAGAAAUCUGUAAGAGCAGUAGUGCUACAUCCAAGACAUUACACAUUUGCAUCUGGUUCUCCAGAUAAUAUUAAGCAGUGGAAAUUCCCAGAUGGAAACUUCAUCCAGAAUCUCUCUGGUCACAAUGCUAUUAUAAACACACUGGCUGUAAAUUCCGAUGGUGUUCUGGUCUCAGGAGCUGAUAAUGGCACUAUGCACCUUUGGGACUGGAGAACUGGAUACAAUUUCCAGAGAGUACAUGCAGCUGUACAGCCAGGUUCUUUGGACAGUGAAUCAGGAAUAUUUGCUUGUGUUUUUGACCAGUCAGAAAGCAGAUUGCUAACGGCUGAAGCUGAUAAAACCAUAAAAGUAUACAAAGAAGAUGAUACUGCGACUGAAGAAACCCAUCCGGUCAGCUGGAAACCAGAAAUUAUCAAGAGAAAGCGAUUUUAGUGUGGCAACAUACUACUUCUGUAAUUUUGUUUUGGCUUCCCUGAGAGCAUUCAGUCAGAUUUUGUUCUGCCUAGAACAGCAAAGCAAGAAGUCAGCUAAGUCAUUGCUAUUUCAACAUGUUUUAUAAUAAAUUUUAUUUCUCUUUCCUUUUGUCUUUUUUUGUUGCGAUUCCAGCAAACCAGUUGAAUCUUAACUUCUUGAAGCAUGUAUGGCUCAUGAAAAAGAUAGGUGUGCAGGUGGUUAAUUUUUUAGGCUUACAUUCAACAGAUUAUUAUCAAAAUAUUUUGAUGAGCUAAGUUGUCAGAAACACCCUUGCUUGACCUCAAAAGUUAAUCACAAAUUUAUGCAUAGAAGUCAUCUUCUGGAAGUUCCUUGGGGACACUUUCAGAUUUUAGACCAAUAUUGUUUAUUGUACAUAGGCUAAGUCUAUACUGAAUUAGAGUUACUGAGUAAUUUACAAACAAGCAGAACAACACAAUAAUAAGGUAAUUUGCUUUAUAAACACAGCCACUGAACACUGCUGGUGCUGUGUUACUGAAGGAAAUGGAUCUUCAGAGUGUAUCUUUCCCCAGGAAAGUGUUUAAAUGGAAGCACUCAUCUUCACUUAGUUAUUUCAGAGUGGGCCUUCUGUAGCAAGGACUGCUGUCAAAUCACUUUGACAGCAGCAAUCACAAAUGCUGGUCUUGUUUGCAGGACCAGUUGACUUUCUUUGCAGAUGAGCUGUUUGCUUUUUCCAGUUACCUAAAGCAUACAUGACAGUAGAGUGCGGUGAAGUUUUAAAACUCAGCUAGAGGAAAAGCUCUUAGCUCGUUUAAGCCUUAUUUUACAGGUUGCUGUCUUCCCACGAUCUUAGGAAGGAAUGUAAAAUAAACUGUUACUGAAAGGUAGUUUGUACUUGUGGAGGGACAAAUCUUUCAUUGGCUCUAUGAAUAGUCCCAUAACAAGCAGUGAACAUGUAAACCUCCUUGCUGCUACUAUCUGUGAUGUCUGUGUUGCUCUAAAGUACUUUCCCUUCAUAGAGCAGUAGAGAAAAUCAUUGUCAUCUGGCCAUUCUGUUAUUGGCAAAUUUGCUAGCAGGGUUAAUAGCUGCAUUGGCUAGAGAAUUACUCUGUGGCCUCACUGAUAUCAAGCAUUGAUGUCAAGCAGUUCACAAUAAUUAUUUCUGUUCUCUAGCAGUUUGACUUCUUUCAAAUCUAGGAUUUGUGUUAGAGAAGUGAGUUAUUUGCAAUGUAAUUUACAAAAAGCUAGUAAAAUUAUGUGUUGUUUAUAUUAUGACAAUUUCUGUCUUUUUUAUGAUACAUAGGAAGUCUUGUAUUUAUAAUCUGAAUGUCUGACAGUGUCAUUUUAAGGGAGUCCAGGCUGCAUAAAUAACUGAAUUUUAGUUGACAGCUACUGUCAGAAGAAACUUCACAAAAUAGGAAAUGGAAUAUUUGAUAUUUACGAGUUGGAUUAAGCAUCUUUUAUUUGAGUGGUAAUUUGAAUUUUUCUGGAUCUUAAUUACAGUUCUUUCCAUGGUAAAUGAUAUAACAGUUAAAAAUCCAGAUUGUGGCUUAUGCAUGUAUACAGCUACUAAUGCGUCAUUCCAGAAAUCAGUGAAUUAUUGGUGUUGUGCAGAUUUUUUUUGCUCACAGUGAAAUCCUGUUUAGGAAACCAGAGCAGAGAGAAACAACUUAACUUAAAAAGAGGUGGAAUUGCUGAGGAUUUUUUUUGUUCCAUUUUGUUUUGGGUUUUUUUUAAAAAGUGUCUUUUUUUUUUUUUGAUAAUUUGGAAUGAAGAAGGAGGAAUUACUUCUCUAGCUAUGGGCCACAGUUCUAGCAUGUCUUUUCUGUACUGAUACUUUACUUUAGAAACUGCAUUUAUUUUACUUACUCUUUAUAAUUUUGAAGAGAGAUCAGAAAGUCUCCUUAAGAACCUGUGUUUCUUCUCUGGACUUCUGCAGCAAUCUGAUAUCUUGGGACUGGUUAUGAGAGCAUUUUUUUUGUGCCCUCAGUUAAGAUUUUGUUUAUACAUUAAAGGCUGUACACUAUUACUUGGGACAGUAUGUUUGCUUUUUGACCCUAGGAUAGGCUGCCACAGUUCUAAGUGUGAUUUUUUUUUAAGUGUAUUCUUGAACAUUUGAUUGACUUGUUUGUUUCCUUCCCAGCAGUUUUUUCUUGCCUUUGACAGUAAUGUGAAUAUCAUCACAUGUUUUUAUGUAAGUUUUGUUUAUGGUGCACCAAGAUUAUCACAUUUCAUCAAAGUACUUCUCUGGUGGUGAGUAAGCCUGGAUAGUCAGCUGUGACACACGUAGGCUGGAUCGUGUAGGAUACACAGUGGCAUUAGAUUUGUCAAUGUCAGUCAUAAGGUGAAGCAAAAGAGGAGGAUCUGAUCUACUGGAUGGAUUAUCCAUGCUUCUGGAAAGGGUCACAGUGCAAUGUCAGUUUAAGUAAUCUUGAAUAGGAGUCUAAUCACAGAAAAUAAUUACUGUACUUAAUUCCAUAAAAAUUGAUGUUGUCUUCUGUAUAGGCUCAAAUAAUUUCUACCACAAACCCUGAGAUUUGUUUUAUACUGUGUAUAAAAUUGCAAAAAAGUGAGGAAAUGGGUUUUGUUUGUAAAAUAAAAAAGUGUAACUGGUAAAAGUGAUUAAUUUUUCAGAUGACUCUUUGCUGAUACUGAGGCAUACAGUGUAAGCUGUACCACUACAAUGCACAGCAUGAGAGUGGUGCAAAACAAUUUGUAUUUGGCAGCUGAAAGGCUCACAGAAACAAGUGUCUAACAGCAGCUUCUUUUUAGUUUUGUUGGAUUGGAAUCAAAGUGCUACACCUGAUGUAAGUGACAGCAAUUUAGCAAUCAAUAAAACCUUCCAUACAAUAUGAA